UGACAUAUAAAAUGAUAAAUUUAUUGCAAAUAUAUGGCAAAUAGUUUUGCAUUUUUCUGAUGUUGUAGUUUGCGAUAAUUGAUACAGUGAAGAUUAGUAUUAGUAAUUAAAAUUUUUUUGCUACUGUGGUGAUGUGAAUAUAGUUUUUUUAUCGUACGAAGUGUAUUAGGAAGUACUAAUUGUUAUGACUUAUGACUUGUGGAAGCAGUUAUCAUAAAAGAUGUUUACUUUGUUAAUCUACAUUAAAGUUUGUCAUUAAUCGUCCAGAAAUGUAGUGUUAGUAAUAUAUGUUCCAUUGUCCCCAAUAGAAAUACCUCCUGGGUCAACCAAAGAAGUUAUUGAUGGAGUAAAAAUAUGAAAUAAGAACAUGACUACGAUAGCAAUGGAAGAAUAUGAAUUACUGAAGGAUUCAAAAUAUCGCAUGUAUGUAGUUGCAGUUGACAAAGCAUUGAAAAGUUUUGAAUACACUUCAGAAUGGCCUGAUUUAAUUUCUGCUCUGGGAAAGUUAAAUAAGGUUUUGCAAGGAUAUACCAAGUUUCCAGUGAUUCCAAGGAGAAUAAAAAUCAGUAAACGGCUAGCACAAUGUAUGCAUCCAGCUUUGCCUUCAGGUGUUCAUCUUAAAGCAUUAGAAACUUAUGAUAUCAUUUUCAAAUGUAUGGGCACAAAUAGACUUGCACAUGAACUAUUUAUAUAUAGUGCAGGUCUUUUUCCACUUUUGGGCCAUGCUGCUAUGACAAUAAGGCCCGUAUUAUUGCAAUUGUACGAAACCCAUUUCGUUCCUCUACGUGAACGUUUGAGACCGGCUCUAAGCGGAUUUCUUAGUGGUGUUUUGCCAGGUUUGGAAACGGGAUCAGACCAUUUCGACAGAACCAAUAACCUUCUUGAGGCCGUUUGUGAAGGUGUUGGACCUGAAUGGUUCUAUACUUGUAUGUGGCAAUGUGUGAGAAGCAACAGCCCAAUACGUUUGCCUGCCAUCAGUUACGUGUUGACCCAUUACAGUCGCAAAUUGACCAUGGAGGAUCAACUGUAUUUAAUGGGGAACGAUAUAGAUGUCAUGGUAUCAGGAUUGUGUGCGGCUGUACAAGACUCCAGCGUUUUGGUCCAGAGAUCUGCCCUCGACCUUUUGAUGGCGUGUUUUCCUAUUCACAACACACAACUGCUUUAUGCCGAUAUGGUACGUCUGGUUACCUCAGCUCUGACAAGUAUUUUAAGAAGGGACAUGUCCCUUAACAGGCGAUUAUAUUCUUGGCUGUUAGGAAGCGAAAUAAACGUAUCGCUAUUACAUUCUGAACAUCCCCUCAUAAAAAAAUUAAUGGAGCUUCCCGAUAGUCAUAGCCACGUCGAGGCGUAUUUCGAACUUUAUUCUUACGACAUCCUCACUGAAGCAGUGAAAAUUACGUUGUCACAAAGCUCCACCGAAGUUCCGAUAGAUAUAAAACCGUACCGUUUAUUGACGUCGUUGCUUGAUAAACCACAAAUAGGUCCAGUAAUUCUAGACGGGAUCCUUUACGAUAUAUUUAGAGCCCUCUACCUGUCCUGUUUUAAUUAUCAAAAGCACAAAAAUCACGCGAUUCGUUGUGUUUCAUUUAAUGGGGACAUUUCGAGUUUGAAAGGGUGUGAGAAAGUCCUAACAAAGAAAUUUGUGACUAACAAUUGUCAAGAAUUAGUGAAAAACGCGAAUCUACUCUUCAGCACUCUAGAACCCUAUUAUAUUUGGAUGUACUUGGGAAAACUAUAUGAGGAAGCCAUUGGGAAAAUUAAGGAGAAAAAAAAUAUGUUAAGAGACCGCAGUCAGGUGAAUGAAAUAGGUUCAGGACCUCCAAGUCUUUUAGAGGUUUGUGCUCUUACUGAUUUUCUCCUGGAUGUUGUUCACAUUGAAACAUUUUCGGAGAACACUUCAGAAAUUCUACCUAAUCUCUUCAUAAACGUUAUCACAUCAAUGAAAUUGUAUUUAGAUGCUCUGAACAAACUGGAAAUAAUGGAGACCUUACAAUUGUGUACAAAAAUAUUGAAAAAAAUCCAACCAGUCACUGUAGCACAAGUGUCAAAGAAAGAUACCUCUUCCAGUGUCCCUAACAAAAACGAAAAAGAACCGGAAACCAACUUCAUGAAACCAGGAGAACUCGAAAGUCCUACUGUUGAAGAUGAGGAAUCAUUAAAUGAAGUUAGCGAAAUUAAGCAGAGACUUGAGAAAAGCAAAUCAGACUCGAAAAUAAACGAAAAUUAUUCUAAGAAUGAAUUGACAGUAGAUACAACAAGCCGUGAACGCUCUAACAGCAAUCAGAUGUUAAAGAAAAAGACUAGUCCUAAAAUAGAUAAGAAAUCGAAAAAUAAGAAAUCAAAGUCUAGUUCUAAACUGUACGAUCUUAAAAAAGAUGGCCCUGUGACUUUGGACAACUUGUCAGUCGAUUCGAAAGAUUUAACAGUCGAUGUGGAGACAGUUUCUUGUCCUUCUCCCACCAAAACCGAGUGUAAACAUGUGACACGUUGUUUGGACACUUACAAAAAGUUUUUUGUGAAGUUUUUGCAUGCUAAAGUCAUUCAGGACAUUGAUGUAGAAGACUAUUUCCAAAGCCUCAUACAGAAUUCUGAAAAACGCACUGAAGAACUAGAAAAACUUUUAAGUCAAUGUUUAGACCUUCCCAAAGACUUUGAACCUUUAAAUCCUAAAAAUAUCCUUAUUAGGACACACGUGUCAGAUGCGAAUUUGUCUGGUGAAUUGCUUGAGGGAUGUUCUGAUUAUGAACAAGUUGUUUCUGUGGCUUGUAAUUUAUUGUCUGAGUUUUCUUCAUUUCCCAAUUUACCAACGGAAAAAUCAGACCCAACAGUAAUACCUUAUUGGUUAAAAGCCCUUAUAACAUGUGCUUGUCACCCAGAGAAACCUUCUAAAGACAUUCAGCUCGUCGCCAUGAGUACAUUGUUGGACAAUUUCAGUCUUACAAAGAGCCAGAAGAUUGUCAAUAAUAGCGAAGAAAAUACCAAUGUUUUGGUCAUGGGAAUUUUAGAAAUCAAUCAUGUGAUAUUUAUAGAAGACUGCACCUUUAUUUUGGAGAUCAUGUCUCAAAUUUUAUGGGACCUUUUAAGAUUUUCACCCAACCAAAACCAAUUAGUGUUAUGCGUAACACUUUUAUACCAAAUACACAAUAUUUUUGAUAAAAAAUGCUUUGUGGAAAACGUCAUAGGGAGAUAUUUAGUUAGUGAUAACCUUACAACUGAUUUUUUUAAACGUUUUUCGAUACUGUGGCAUUUAGGAAGAGAUUUGAGCCUUAACAUACCAAAUCAAAACAAAACAAGGAACUUUGACAGGUGUAUUUUAAAAAUAUUAGAUAACUUGGAGAAUACCAAAAAACCGAACUUAAAACUUCUGUCGGACACAUUCCUAACACAUUGCUUGCUGAGGAACGACAUUGCUAGACUUAUUAAUCCAAUAUUUACAGUUCUACUUAUGCCCAGCACCGCAAGAAUUUCUAUUCGUUAUGUAAACUUCACUGGUACUGAUUUACAUAGCGAUUCCGAAAUGCAAAAUGAAGAAACAGAAGAAACUAUCAAUGCAAAAAAGGUAUUCGCUGUAAGCAAUAUAAACGGCAAUCUCAUUUACCAUUCUACCAGUAAUAAAAUUCCGAAGCCCAUGAAAAGGAAGAGUUUUUUGUUCUCUAAAGCCAACAGGAAGGCCAUGGGUAUGAGCGCCAUUAAUACGACCGCAAGUAUUUCAGAAAAUGAGGGAAUCAUAACGAAAAAGAACAAGGAUUUUAAAGGCUCUGAAGGCAUUUCAGGAGUAGACACAGUCGUAAAAUCGAACGUUAAACUUUUUAUAAAUCCUUUAGGAUCAAAAGAAAUCUAUCCAGAUGGAGUAGAUGGAAGUUAUACGCAAAUUGACCCUAACGAAUCAUCCCAGCAGACUUCAAGUGAAAGUCUCUCUUCUGGGAAAAAUGGGGAAGCUUUUGAAAAGGGCGACAGAGAUUCAGGUUUUGGUUCCCAUUCGAGUUACACAUCAAAUAAGUCAAUCUCUGAAAGUGCCACAAAACCAGCAGAAAAUGAAGCAGAGAAACCUUUGUCGAGGACGAAGCUGCCGAAGUCGCACAGUUUAGACGAGAAAAUAGACGCAGAGAAAGAACAGGAAUUGGAAAAUGGAGCCCUGGUUCAUAGUUGGUCAUAUUGCCUGUCUGACUCAGACAAAUUCGACUGCGAAUUAGAAAUAAGCACAACGGCCGAAGAAUUCUUCAAAACCAGCGAUCGUGCAAUAGUUACAGAGCUUCUGAAUGAAAUUCUCGACAGAGUCUGUCCCAGUGAAACCUUUGCAGAGGGGUCUGCUCCGAAAACUAACAUUAAAAAUGUAGACUUCGAUCUAAAACCGAAAAUAGUCGAACCGGCUGGUAAAAAUUUGGUCGUUUUCCCCAUUCAUAAACAUCUGUGUCUUUAUUACGAACCAUUUGAAACAAGCCUCGUUAUUUAUGCUCUUAACACUCUCAAAAACAGCCUCCUUUCAAAUCCGCAACUAUUCAUUCAAUGCCUUGCAACAACAGGUUUGAAGACAUUAAAAAUCGAUCUUUUGAACCUUCUAGCGAGGCAUAGGAAAUCCUUAUUCGGACUCGGUUUCUCAGGCGACGUUCCACAAGAGCACCUCAACUUUUAUCGCGGUUACAUGUUCCUUGACGUUCUUAUCUCCGUCUGUUUGUAUUAUGUGAGAAGCUUUUUUCCGAAUUUAGACUCCGUUAAAGUCACUGACGAAGAUAUCGACGAAAACUUAAAAAUACAACUUAUAAGUUUGGAAAUACUUUCCAUUGUCGUUAAGCAUCUGAUUAAUAUUGUUAUGGAAAACAAGAAGGGCUUUUCGAGUUACAUAGCUGAUAUGUUGAUAAAGUGUAAAAUGCAAAAAACACUGUUACACUGUCUACUAACGUCGGUGAGGAGUUUUGACGAAGAUCUCACGUUCGCAGAGGAAACAUUGCUCUACAACAAAUUUCAACUCUAUGACACACAUAGAAACGUAUCGGAGUACAUUGAAGCUUUUCAAGUACAAACUUUAAGAUUAAUUGAAAACUUAAUAAUAUUGGAGUAUCAUGUUUUCCCCGUCCAAGAGGCGUCGUCGGUGCAACAGCAGCAAUCCCAGCAGCCUCAGAAAGACUCUUCUAGUGACAGUAUAUCGUUUAAAACUCCAGUUCUUAUUCCAGACCAGCAGAUCUUCCUCUCGGCAAUUCUGAGCGCACUUCGUCACCAAAACAUGAAAAAUCUUCAUGAGAACUGGUGUAACAUGGUCACUGCUUGUCUCCCAUACUUCCGUCAGAACCUCAAGACCAUCUCCAUUAAUGUCAUACAUCAGAUUUGCAACAAUAUUGAAAAAAUAUCCGAAAACUACAAUAAAGCGAACGAUCUUGAAGGUGGUGAAUUAUGCCCGGACUAUGCAGUCACUCAGUUGAAUUUGUUGACUGUCAUAUGCCACUAUUGCCUGCUCGAUUCGACUCAAUUGGCGGUGCAACAGCAACAACAACCAAAAAGUGGAACUAACGGAAACAACAACCUGUCAACGACGAACGGUCCCAAUCCCGGGGAAAUACUUACAAAUCUAGUAAAUGCGUUUUUCAGUCCCGCUGCUGCUGAUGUUAGUCGUACCAACAAACAAAAUUCCGAUCAUUAUUUGACUGCUAGGAAGACCACCUUGGGACACAUGCCGCGGAUUAUAUCGAGUGUCGCUAAACUAUGGCAAACUAUUGUGAGUCUUGAACGCGAGUUCAACGGCAUCCUUGGUAACUCGAAGGUGGUUAAGCAACAGUUGUUGGAGUUCCUAAGUCCCAUUUCAGUCCACCACGGAUCCAGUUUCUUAGCAGCCGUCGCUGUAGCCUGGUACGAACGUAGGAAUCCUUUGGCUAACAUUAAAAGCGUCCUGCCCGAGCCUAACGCUGUUCAGAGUAAUCUGGUGUAUUUAAUUUCCGCAAUUCGAGUGAUCCCUUUAGACAAUCUCGUCCAAACAGUGACUGCAGUUAUAAGAUAUCCUCCUCCUACUGAAGGGCUCAGUGCUGAUAUAUGCCUCGAUGUCUCCAUUCUAGAACUUUUCUACUGUUACAUGCGUAACGCUUCGGCAACACAGCUUUCUGAAGCUUGGAGCUCAUUACUAACCCUUAUAAGAGAAGGAUGUGCGCUCAGUCCUCCCUCUCAAUUUCUUCUGGCAGCCCUUUUACAUGAACUGAUGAUUAAAUGUUGUCCCUUGGAAGAACGCAAAGAUCAGAAGGACCUGCAAGACGUUACGGCAAAGUUGAUAGAAUGUGUAUCGCAAGUUUGUGGAUCCUGUCUGGAACAGACAACGUGGCUCAGAAGGAAUCUGGCGGUCAAAGAGCAAGAAGACGACUCUGUGUCAUCAAACGGACUCAACAGUACGAGUCCUGAAAUAUUGACAGGCACAAAUUACAGUGUACAGGCACAAUUGGUUCUAUCGGAAAUUCUUGCCCCCAUUCUGGACAUCUGUUUCGGAUCGUCAGAAAAGGACAAAGUCAACACGAUCUUGACCUCUCUUAUGUGUAAUAUUGUGCCCUAUUUAAAGACGCACACUUUAAAGAAUAUGCCCAGUUUUAACGCUUGCUCGAAGCUCCUGUCCAGUUUGAGCAGUUAUCAGUACACCCGAAAAGCUUGGAAGAAGGACGUUUUUGAACUUCUUCUGGACAACAAUCUCUUCCAGAUGGACACGAGCUGUUUGAAGUAUUGGAAGGUGAUCGUGGACAACUUAAUGACCCACGAUAACACAACAUUCAAGGAUCUGAUGAGUCGUGUUUCUAUGCCCCAAAGUGGGAGUUUGAACCUGUUUUCGUCACGGGAACAAGAGUACGAACAGAAGGCUCAAUUGCUGAAACGUCUCGCCUUUGUUAUAUUUUGCAGCGAAGUUGAUCAGUAUGCAAAGUACAUGGCAGACAUACAAGAACAGUUAACAAGUAGUUUAAGACUUAAUGUGCCAGGGAUUCAGGCUCAAGUUUUUCUCUGUUUUCGUGUAAUAUUAAUCAGAAUGAGCCCUAUUCACGUGACCUCUUUAUGGCCAAUAAUCAUCAGUGAAAUGUUGCAAGUCUUCCUUCAAAUUGAACAAGAACUUGCUACUGAUACCGAGGAAUUCAGGACGAAUAGCAGCUCGCACAUUAAAUUAUUAUCAGCCUUGGACGCCAGUUGGGCCACUAACAGUAGCAACGGUCUCCACGCUCUCGGACACCCUCACUGGUUACGUCUCCAACUCGCCACAGCUAAAUUACUCGAUCUCGCUCUUCUCCUACCUGCCAUUGCACUACCUCAGUUCCAAAUGUAUCGUUGGGCCUUUGUGGGUGAUAAUUCUGCCCACAUUGUGGUCCAGAAUCCACUCGACUCACCAACGUUUGUACCCCAUGUGACUCGUAUAGCAAAUUUGAUGGACCAACGUUUCGCGGACACCCAGAUCGAAACGUUGCCUACGAAACCUAACGAGCUCCUUUUGACGGCAAACGCCGUGACACAGCUAAAAGACCUACACAGCUUCUUCAAGACUCUCAGCUUGUGUUCAAACAGGCACCGAACGGAGUGCAAUGCGAUCAUUCAUGGAGACCAGCCGUUUCAGGAUAGACAGGUGGAUAAAAAGGUGGGAGCGAUAAUGGAAAAGAUUGAUCGUGUGAUCGAGAAUGACUUCCUCGACAAGAUACCGAGAUAGGUAUCAGUUCUGUCUUGUCUUUGUGAUAUUUUCGACGGUUGUAAGCUUCUAGCGCUGCUACAUGCUAAGGGUACAGUAUUAUAAAAAAUGCAUUUUUCAUUCGCAAUUUAAAUUGACUAGCUUUUACGUAUAGUACCAUUUUCUUUUUUUUAAUCUGCAGCUCAUGGGGAGAUAAACAUAGUAAAUCAGCUUCCGCAGGAUAUUGUGUUAAUUAGCUUUUUAAAAAAAAAACAUUUGUAAAAAGUAUAUAUCUCAAUAUUAUUAGUGAGAUAUCUUGCGGGAGUCAAUUCACUACGCUUAUCACUCUGUGUCAUUUAAAUAAAUAAAAUAUAUAACAUCAUGGAAAAUCUACAUGCAGUCAAUAAAUAAAUAAUAAUAUACUAGUGGUGUAUUAGUUUGUGUAAUUGAUACUAAAAUGGUACUGAAUGUAAACCCGCAAUUAUUUAAUUAAACUGAACUGAUUGAAAUGUUGUCAGGGUCUAUAUAUUUAAAAGAUUUGUUU